GCUUCCCCACGGCCUUCCGGGGUAGCCAUGGAGGCGGCGGGGAGGCGGCGGCGGCGGGAGGAGGAGGAUGGUGAUGAUGGUGAGGAGGAGGAUCGGUGCCCGCAGGCGGGGCAGGAGGAGGAGGAAAAAGCGAAAGAAGAGGAGGAGGAGGAAGCAUUGCACCUCGCCAAGCGGAGGAAGGUGCUGUGCUCCGAGUUCGCCGCCAUCACCAGCAGCGACGCGGCGGUGGCACGACGCUUCUUGGCCAGCAACGACUGGCAGAUAGAGAGGGCGCUGAACGCCUAUUUCGAUCCGCCGCUGGAGAAGGAGGAGGCGGCAGGGGAGGUGCCGCCGGCCUGCACGGGGACCGGGAGCUGUAUUGACCUCACAGCAGAUGCAACUACAAGUAAUGCCAGUGUCAAUAGUGCAGACUCGAGGCAACAAGAAGAUGACAGCAGCUUCUCACUGAUAACCUGGAACAUUGAUGGGCUGGAUCUAGGAAAUCUAAAAGAACGAGCUAGAGGAAUCUGUUCUUACCUGACAUUAUACAAUCCAGAUGUUGUGUUUUUACAAGAGGUCAUCCCACCACACCUCUGUUUUCUACAGAUGAAAGCAAGCAGUUACACUAUUAUUCCAGGUAACAUAGAUGGUUAUUUCACUGUCAUAAUGCUGAAGAAAUCAAGAGUGAAGCUACUGAAACAUGAGAUAAUACCUUUUCCAACAACCUCCAUGAUGAGGAACCUUUUGGUUGUGCAUGUGAGCAUAUCUGGUAAUGAACUUUGUCUUAUGACCUCUCAUCUGGAGAGCACUAAAAACCACUCUGAGGAGCGUGUGAAGCAACUGCAAAUAGUGUUAAACAGAAUGCAGGAGGAGUCUGAGUCCACCACUGUUAUAUUUGGAGGGGAUACAAACCUCAGGGACAGUGAGAUUACUAAACUGGGUAAUUUACCUAACAAUGUUAUGGAUAUCUGGGAGUUUCUGGGUAAACCUCAACACUGCCGCUAUACUUGGGACACCCACUCCAACACCAACCUGGCUGCACCCUACAAGUGCAAGAUGAGGUUUGACCGCGUUUACUUCCGGCCUGCAGCGCAAGAGGGACAUAUUAUUCCACGAAGUAUGGACUUAAUUGGAUUGGAAAAACUAGACUGUGGCAGAUUCCCUAGUGAUCACUGGGGUCUUCUGUGUACCUUUGAUGUGGUAUUAUAAAAACAGAGAAGAAGGCUUGCAUUGCUAGUCUUUAAGUGUUUUGUUCUUGUUCUUAAAAAAUUUUAAAUUUUCAACCGUUAAAACAUUCUCCGCUCUUGACUUCUGCUGGAAUGGCUUCACUUCAACCCGGCGUUCCAUUUUCCUCAUGGUAUGUUUCUGUUCCUGAAUCAUGUUUUUAAACUGUUGUUUUUAACAGUGUAUGCAAAUACAAAAACAUUCUAGUUUUAAAAUGGGAGGAAAAACCUGUAAAUAAAAUUUAUAAACAUACGCGGUGGUUUAAAAGAUACUUUUAUUUUGGCAUGUAUUGUAAUCUUGUAAUAAAUGCUGCUUUUUUAUUUUAAGAA